UCUAUAGAAGAAGAUUUGGAUUUAAAUAUUGGAAAAUGAUUGAUAUGUAUAUGUGUACAUGAAACAAUUUCAAAACUGAAUAUAUCUAAAUUGAUAAAUAUAAAAUCAAUUUAUUAUUAAUUCAUAGUAAAUCGAUCAUUCCUAAAAAAUGUCAGGUUCUGCUUCAAUUAUAACGUCUACUCUUGCGCAACCUUCGGAGAAGGAACAUGCAUCUACAACUAUGAUAGAUUAUUCAAGUAUCAGAGGAAAGAAUGUAUUAGUUAGUCCAUCGGAGGAUCAAUAUGAGCUACUACUUAAAAGACUAAAAGAAAGAAUUCAUGAUGGUGGAAGUGAAACAAUAUUUGAUAUUGGUAUUGCAGAAGAUGGUUCAGAGGAUGGAUUAAAAGAAGAUGAAUAUGAAGCAUCAGUAGCCACUUUACAAUCACUUGCUGCUACAUUAGAAGCUGAUUGUGUACUUCUACGUCAAAGUAAAGUAGAUCAUGGUUUAACAGGACAAUACCUUGUACGAAGGCGACUAGAUCUGCAAGACUUUCUAGAAAUUAGAGUUGCUGUUGUUGGCAAUGUGGAUGCAGGAAAAUCAACACUUUUAGGAGUAUUAACACAUGGAGAAUUAGACAAUGGAAGAGGUUUAGCUCGUCAAAAAUUAUUUCGUCAUAAGCAUGAAGCUGAAACAGGACGAACCAGCUCUGUCGGAAAUGAUAUACUUGGAUUUGAUAGUGUUGGAAAUGUUGUUAAUAAACCAGAACAUGGUUCUUUAGAUUGGGUAAAAAUUUGUGAGAAAUCAUCUAAAGUUAUAACGUUUAUUGAUCUUGCUGGACAUGAAAGGUAUCUCAAAACAACUGUGUUUGGAAUGACUGGACAUGCUCCAGAUUUCGGUAUGUUAAUGGUUGGAGCAAAUGCUGGUAUUGUUGGAAUGACUAAAGAACAUUUAGGAUUGGCUUUGGCUCUUUCGGUACCUGUAUUUGUAGUAGUUACAAAAAUUGAUAUGUGUCCACCAAAUGUAUUACAAGAAAAUUUAAAAUUGCUUAUAAAAAUACUAAAAUCACCUGGCUGUAGAAAAGUUCCAGUCAUAGUAAAAACUCCAGAUGAUGUUGUUGUUAGUGCAACUAAUUUUGUAUCAGAACGAUUAUGUCCCAUUUUCCAAGUAUCUAAUGUGAGUGGAGAAAAUUUAGAUCUUCUAAAAAUGUUUUUAAAUCUUUUGACUGCUAGAAUAACUAGUCAUGAUGAUGAACCAGCAGAAUUUCAAAUUGAUGAUACUUAUUCUGUACCAGGCGUUGGUACUGUAGUGUCAGGUACAACUUUGAAAGGUGUAAUAAAAUUAAAUGAUACUUUAUUAUUGGGGCCUGAUCCUUUAGGACAUUUUAUACCUAUUACUGUAAAAAGUAUCCAUAGAAAAAGAAUGCCAGUUCGUGAAGUAAGAGGAGGUCAAACAGCGAGUUUUGCUUUGAAAAAGAUAAAAAGAUCACAAAUUAGAAAAGGGAUGGUGAUGGUUGCACCAGCUUUAAAUCCACAAGCUUGUUGGGAAUUUGAAGGUGAAAUCUUGGUAUUACAUCAUCCUACAACGAUCAGUUCUCGAUAUCAAGCAAUGGUUCACUGUGGCAGUAUAAGACAAACUGCUUCUAUUAUCUCAAUGUCUCAGGAUUGCUUAAGAACAGGAGAUAAAGCAUUGGUACACUUCAGAUUUAUAAAACAUCCUGAAUAUAUAAAGCGUGGUCAACGAAUAGUUUUCAGAGAAGGUCGAACUAAAGCAGUAGGAAAUGUAUCAAACCUUAUUCCUCACUCUAAUACUAUGAGCACACAAAUAUUCAGAAUUAACAAACCAAAUAAAUCACAAGGCAGAUUGAAUAAUUCUUCUCUCAAUCAAUCACAAGAAUUAAAUGAAACGAGUUCAGCAUUUGAAUAUCAGAAUGCAAAACAAGAAAAUAUGCCACAAAAAUCUGGCACAACACAAAGUAAAAAAGGUAGAGGUCGAAGAGGUAGAUCUCAUAAUCUUAUCAAUGCUAGUAUACAACCUUUGUCAGAGCAAAACCCUCCCACAAAAAUAUAAGAUAUAUUUAUAUACAAAGUAUAUAUAUUGAUUUAGAGGAA